ACAGUGCCGACUGUCACAGAAACACGUGUAAGAUCGCAGCUGUGAUAUCUGCCAGCAAACUUUUAAGAUUAAGCUUGACAUCGAUGUGAGACAACUUAAUCUCACCAGAAGAGGGCUCAGUUUUGUACCUGAUUUAUCAAAGUUUUCAAUGCUGAGAUGUGUGUGGCUCAACAAUAACAAGAUCAGAGACAUCUGCAGAACUUCAUUUAACUGUUGCCUGACUGAACUCUAUCUGCAAAACAAUGAUCUCAUCUCUAUAUCAGGAGCGCUUAGACACCUGAGCUGUCUGUGUGUGUUGCUCCUGCACAAUAAUCAGAUGAAGUUUUUGGACGAGACUGUAGAAGAGCUAAAGAACAUGCAGGACCUUCAUACUCUCUCUUUAUAUCUGAACCCCUUCACACAAUAUCCUGAAUAUCGCCAAUAUGUGCUCUAUCAUUUACCAUCUCUGCAGUUGUUAGACAGAAAAGAGGUGAAGCUGGAGGAGAGAAAGGAGGCAUUUAAGAUGUUAAGCACAGAAAGACAGAGGGUGUUGGAUUCAAUUGCCUUUGGCAGGCGAGCACUACCGCCCCCUGCAGGAAGAAAAAACUAUAAAGUCAAGAAACCAGCAAGUCAACAUGGUGCAAGGAACAGGUGUACAACGUCAGUGCUACAUGGAUGUUUCGAUUUUGAGUCAAAUGUUAUAAAAAAAUAUAACAGGCAUCUGUGUUUUUUCUUUAGUUGCUUUUCUGAUAGCACAGAAAAGCCAUCAGUGAUCACACUGACUCAAAAGUCCAUCGUACAGGUCAGGAUUAUGGACUGGAGUGGAACCAGAAUGGCACAGUGGAACCAAGUAAAGCCUCGAUCGAACCGGCAGCUGACAUACUAA